AUGAUGAGGGAGUAUGAAAGGAUAAAAUUAGAUGUUUUGCGCGAGAAUAGGUAUUUGCGCCUUUGCGAGAUUUCAUACAGGCCGGUGUCUCACGAUUCUUCUUUGGGAAGAGCAGAGGAACCUGUCAGUGUGGAUGGUAGGACGUGGGAGAUGGUGCAACGGACGGGUCUGCAGGGUUUUCCAGAAAGUUGCCCAUCAAAAAGGACUUCAUUUACUGUAGAUGGCGCGGAGAUAUGCGCCUUUUUGCGUCGUUCUGACGGGCUGUUCCUUAUUUUAGUUGCACAAUACCGUCCACCAUUAGAUGCCGUGGUGUGGGAGUUUCCUGCAGGGUUAGUUAACGACGGUGAAGAUGUGAAGAGUGCAGCCUUACGCGAACUGAAAGAAGAAACUGGUUAUGUUGCCACUGAAGAAAAUAUUAUAAGUGUGACGGAUGCGCUUUCUUAUGAACCUGGAAUGACUGAUUCCUGUUGUCAACUUGUGAGGGUACUUGUGGAUGGUGAAGAGGAGGUCAACCGCCGUCCAGCGCAGGAGUUAGACGAUGGUGAGGAUAUUGAGGUGAUUCUGCUUCCAUUGUCUUCAAAAAAGGCCGACAACGCCAGUGAAACUCCCCUGCAGUCGUUGAAUAAACUCUUGCAUGAAAAAAAGAAAAGUCAAACGCGGCUAAUUGUUGAUGCACGGUUAUACAUGUUUUUAGAUGGUCUUUCCCAAGCGAAGGCGGUGCUUUGGUAG